CUUCCGCCUCCUAUAGACUUAACAUAGAAACAUUAGGCUUAUCACCAAAAAGGUCUUGACUUUUUGCUCAACCCAGUCCAGGUCUGUUCUCACUGUUGCACUGAUGUUCCUUAGAAUGGAGCCGAUUCCCAAACUUGUCGCUGGUCUUCUUCUGCUGACGUUAUGUGUGGUGGGCUGCUCUGGCCAACACUGGUCCUAUGGACUGCGUCCUGGGGGAAAGAGAAAUGCUGAAAAUUUGAUCGAUUCUUUCCAAGAGCUAGCAGAAGAGCUUGAUCAACCAGCAAAACCUCAGCGCUUGGAAUGCACAAUCCACCAGCCCCCACCUCCCCUCAGGGACCUGAAAGGAGCUCUGGAAAGUCUGAUUGAAGAGGAAACUGGGCAGAAGAGGAUUUAAAUCCGCUGAACCAGAGGGACUGACAACACAAGUGUAAUUCUGAUAUUGAAACUUGUGACUCAUUUGACAUCUUUAAAUUGUGUGAA